GAGGGAAGCUCUCAGCCGCGCGAGAAGAAGCGCCGGCUCCGAAGAGUGGUCACCUCAGACGAUGAGGCUGAGCCCCAGGAGCCUUCCAAGCCAGCGGAGGCUCCAGAGCCAGUCCCCAGAGAAGGCCCGCUCACCGGAGACGGCGCAGCACCUGCUUCAGCCGCGCCGCCGACGGGCGAGGCUUUGGAGGGACCUCUUGAGGGCGAAGAUCUCUCGGAGAUCAUUGAGAAGGCCAAGAAGAAGCUUGAGACAUCUCCUGCGCCACAAGAGGUCUCAAGGCUCUUGACGCACCUGGAGUCCCAGUCGAUGAACGCCCAGCUCUUGGUGACUACGAAGAUCGGCUUGGCGGUGAAUGGCCUCAGGAAGAGCUAUGCCAAGUAUCCCAACGUGGUCCAGCAGGCUGUAGGGCUUGUGAACCGUUGGAAAGAGCUUUGGAUGCAAGAGAAGGCAGCGAACAGCGCCUGAGACUGGGCAAGGCAUUAACAAUGAAUCAAAUAGAAAGAACGGAAAUGAAAAGAAUGGAGAUGAAUGGAACUCUCCUCGCAGGUUGGCCCAAGGAUCCUUCAACCUGGAUGUAUAUGGUUCUUUUUUCUUUCGCGUCCACCGACAAAAUUCCUGAGAGAACUGAGCGCCGCCCAGUCUCAGACUUGCCGACUUCGUCGGGGCACCACCCGAGCCGAUGGCCCAGGCUGCGACCAUUGACCCGAGAAAAACUCGUGGGAAGGUCGACCAAUUCCCGUGGGGCGAAAAAAGGACGUUGAGAAGUUAA